CUAUUAAGAAAAAAAAAUUUUUUUUUACCCAACUUAAUUUUGAAAAUCAUAAUUUUCCCACAGAGAUGACUGUUGUUGUAGAGUCUGAACUGGUUGAAGGUUAUGGUAGUGAUACUUUUAAGAGGUCAGUAGAUAUCUCCUAUUGUCCGUCCUGCCAUGGUGCUUUUAUGCCCAAGUUUAUCCUUGGUCUUUUGGAUGACCCUGAGUAGGUCACUUAACCUUUUGGGGACUUAGUUUCCUCAUCGUCAAAUGUGGUGGUUGGACUAGGUGACCUUUUUAUUUCUAAUUUUUUUUUAUUUCUUUGAUUAGUAUUCAGGGCCUGCCUCUUAACUCUGUUACUGUCCCCUGCCUCACUCUACUCAUCUCUGUAUUCUACACAAUCUCUUCUGCUUUAUCUUGAUCUUAUUAUUUCUCUAGGCUCAUGUGUAUUUUCCCUGCUCUUUGUCAGUUCAUGCUCAUGAUGUUUUCCUAGGUCUGGCUCAAACUUCAACUCCAUGAAGCCUUUCCUGACUAAGCCCCAUCUCCCUUGAUCUUAUUACUCUUUACUUAGUCUCCACUUAGGAUUUAUGUAUACAUUUUAUGCUGUUCUGUUAUUUUUGCAUAAUAGUAACAAUAGCUUGCAUUUAUGUAGUGCGCUGAGGUUUGCAAGUAUUUCAUUUCAUCAGCUUCAUGUGCUGCUUCGUUGUUGUCUUCUGAUUGUUUCAGGACUAUCAAUGCUGGGGGCAUCUGUGGGUCUCUCCCUUGUCCCCUUUUGCAAGAAAGCAAUAUUACUGGUUGUGAUGAUGGCUGUCUUUGGAAUCUGUACUGGAAUUUUAGACACAGGUAGCAAUGUCCUUAUCCUGCAUUUAUGGAGAGGUGAAGCAGCCCCACAUCUGCAGGCCUUGCAUUUCACUUUUGCCUUGGGGGCCUUUUUGGCUCCCUUACUGGCCAAGUUGGCCUUUGGCAGUGCUGUGCCCUCUGAAAACCACAUGAUAGCUGACGUGUCAAACCACUCUGAGCUCACCCUGCCCCCUGCAGCCGACUUAGAAGUCAUAUUUGGAGUACCUGCUAAUAAGAAUUUGCUAUGGACUUAUGUUGUUAUAGGAACUUAUACUUUGGUGAUGUUUUCCUUGUUUAUUGUUUUGUUUUUCCAAAAAAUUCCAAAUCAAGAGAAAGCAAAAGAAGCUGCUCAGAAGAUUCGAACUGCGAAAUAUCAGAGUGUCCUUCUUGGUCUCCUUUUCAUAUUCUUCUUUUUUUAUGUGGGAGCAGAGGUCACAUAUGGCUCUUACGUUUUCUCUUUUGCAACACAGCAUGCUGGCAUGAGUGAAAGCCAAGCAGCGGGCUUGAACUCUGCCUUCUGGGGGACAUUUGCCACUUGCAGGGGCAUAGCGAUCUGUUUUGCUACAUGUCUGCAGCCUGGGACCAUGAUUGUAUUAAGCAAUGUGGGCAGUUUGCUUUCCUCCCUACUUCUAGUGAUUUUUGAUAAGAACCACCUUUGUCUUUGGGUGGCAACUGCAUUGUAUGGGGCUUCCAUGGCUACUACAUUUCCCAGUGGUGUUUCCUGGAUCGAACAGUACAUGACCAUUAAAGGAAAAUCUGCAGCUUUAUUUGUAAUUGGUGCUGCCCUGGGAGAGAUGGUCAUUCCUGUGGUGGUUGGAUCUCUUCAAGGAAAAUGCCCACAUCUUCCUGGGAUUCUGUAUGUUUCAUUGGGGUCAGCUAUUGCAACGGGAGUUUUGUUUCCUAUCAUGUACAAACUGGCCACUGCACCUCUUAGUAGCAAGAUUCAGGAAAGUAGAAAGAGUGAAGACCAGAAAGCACUACUCUCCCCGUCUAGGUUUAAUGAUGAGGAUGAAGAUGAUUAUGGAGAAGAGGGUGCUGAAGAAGAAUGGAACAAAGUCGACUUUGAAAUGAUUGAAAUGACAGAUACGAUGAGGAAUUCGGUAAUAGAGACAUCUAGAAAAAUUUUGAGGGAAUCUCCCACAGAAAUCUCUAGCCAUUUAUUGUCAAGUGACAUACCAUUCACUUCCUCUCUGGUUAUUACUGGCAACUCACCUGUGAAUCCCCUCCCUUUGGACAGGGAAAAGAAUGACUAAUGGAGUAAAACAUGGAUUGAUUAUUGGUUCCCUGUAACAACUAUUGACUUUAAGGGUUUGGCACUUGUAGCUCUGAUUUCAACUAAUGGAAAAUUCUGGUGUGUCAUGUCAGCCCAGAGUCUUUGACAACAAAAGGAGGUCAGGUACGGUCAGGUGUGGCUAGUAAAGUAACUUUACUGUAAAGUAACCCCCUACCUUCAGAGGAUGAAAAGAAGGCAUAAGUAUUUGAGAAGUUUCUUACCAGCAAAAAUCACCUAAAAGAGUGAAUGAAGACUAGAAUAAAUUACCAGAAUUCAAGAAACUGCUGGUAGAGUUGGUAAAUAACCAACUCUAGUUGAUAAAGCCUCAUGAAAGAAUCUGUUUCUCUCCUGGAAAAGCUUCUUUAACCUGGACAGAUAUUAUACAGACACCUCUAAUCAACUUGGAGCAAAUGAUGAUGAUAGGUUCUGAUUUCUGAUUCAAAAUUUAUUUCUGAUAAUAAUGAGAAAAUGUGGUAUAAUGGAAAGAACUCUGCAUUGGGAACCAAGAGACUUUGGUUCUAGUUAUAACUUUAACCAUCAAUUAGCUCCAUGAUCUUGCCUAAAUUCACUUAAUUUCUCUCUGUCUUAGUUUUCUUGUAAAAAUGAGAGUAUUUGACUUUGAUCACUAAGGUCUCUUCUAGCUCUAAAAUUCUUUGUAUGGUAAUGAGAUAUUCUCCAAAGAAUAAAAUGCACUAACUUUA